AAUGCGGAGCUGAGGGGCCAGCUCCUGGGGGUGACACGGGAGAGGGACUCAGCCCUUCGCAAGAGCCAGGGCCUGCAGAGCAAGCUGGAGAGCCUGGAGCAAGUGCUGAAGAAAUGGCCAAGUGGGGGCUCUGGCCUUGACUCGGAUCUUGGGUGUCAGCACCUUCGGGAGGUGGCCCAGCGGCGGCGGCAGCUGGAGGUGGAGCAUGAACAGGCUCGGCUCAGCCUACAGGAGAAGCAGGAGGAGGCCCGGAGGCUGCAGCAGGCCCAGGCGGAAGCCCAGAGGGAACAUGAAGGAACCGUGCAGCUGCUGGAGUCUACCUUGAAUUCCAUGCAGGCCCAGGUUCGAGAGCUCGAGGAACAGUGCCGCAGCCAAACCGAGCAGUUCAGCCUCCUGGCACAGGAACUCCAGGCUUUCCACCUGCACCCGGGCCCCUUGGAUCUGCUCACAUCUGCCCUGGACUGCGGGAGCCUUGGAGACUGCCCACCACCCCGCUGCUGCUGCUCCACUCCCCAGCCUUGCCGGGGGUCUGGCCCCAAAGGCCACAGACCCCAAGCCCAUGUGCCAUCUUCUCUAGACCUUGACCUCCCGCCAGCUCCCCUGGGUGCUGCACCCCAAAGUCUUCCGAGCCUGCCCCUGCCACCCUCACUGGGGUCCCUCGAAGGACAGCCCAGAAGGCAGAGUCUCUCUCCAACUCCUCCCACUCCGAGUCCGUCCACAACAGCCCCAAGUCAUGCCCUACACCUGAGGUGGACACAGCCAGUGAGGUAGAGGAACUGGAGGCAGACAGUGUCUCCCUGCUCCCAGCCGCGCCAGAGGGCAGCCGGGGAGGAGCCAGGAUCCAGGUCCUCCUCGCACGUUAUAGCUACAACCCCUUUGAGGGUCCCAGUGAGAAUCCAGAAGCAGAGCUUCCGCUGACAGCUGGCGAGUACCUCUACGUCUAUGGCAACAUGGAUGAGGAUGGCUUUUUUGAGGCUUACGGUGGCUCCAGUUGUUCCUUGGCUUAUGGCCACCUCACUCCAGUCUCUAUCUG